AUGGCUUUGAAGACCCUCGUCCUGUUCUCCCUGCUGGUUCUGGGACCGCUGGUGAUGGUGAGGUCCCAGACUCCUGCUGCCCAGAGGUUCAAGAAAAAUCACAUAGAUCACAGGGAUGGCCCUUUCUCCGACAACUACUGCAACAAGAUCAUGCAGGAACGGAAACUUUUAAAUAAGCCGUUCAACACCUUUGUGCACGAGUCCCUUGAGGCUAUCCAGGCUGUCUGCCAUGAGAGAAACUUCUGCAGAAACGGAAAGAAUAACUGCUAUGAGAGUAAGAGGAAAAUGAGCAUCACGGAGUGUAAUUUGAAAAGCAGACACCCCCCUGAAUACCAGACUAUCAACAGGAAGGCAUUCAUCAUCAUUGGCUGUGCUGGGAACCCGCUUAUGCCUGUCCACUUUGACUGUUCUUGUUCGUCUCCAGCUGAUGCUGGAUAG